GCAUAGUAAAUACCACAUAAUUUCCUUUUCGCAGCUAGUAGCUUAGAUUGCAAUAAACAGUCCCCCAACAAUUUGGUCUUAACAUUGGUUGGUAAUUUUACCAAACUUUAUCUGCUCAAGCCCCAUUCCAUGUAUACUUACUCUAGCGCAGGAACCUCCGUGCCUUGCCUUGUAUAGGCCCAAACACAUACAACAACUUUUCCUCUACACUACGCUCGCUCAUUAUAGAUGAGCGAAGUUGAAUUUCUGAAAAAUUAUCGCUAGCAACUUAUCCAGCAUGUCUGAUGACGUUAUAUCUUUAGAGGGAGGAUUGUUCGAGGAGCCAGAGGAGUUCGUCCAACCCCCACCAGAGCCCCAUUUCGCCCACUACCAAAGAAAAGAAGUGAAUGGAACUGCCCCAUCUCCAUCUGAAGUGACUUUGAGAUUGGUGGGCAAGUCUCCGUUAUGGGGACAUCUUCUCUGGAACGCAGGCAUUUUCACUGCCGACUACUUGGACAAGAACGCAGCCAGCUUGGUCCAGGGCAAGAGAAUCCUUGAGCUUGGAGCUGCUGCUGCAUUGCCAUCGUUGAUAGCAUCUCUCAACGGGGCUAAAGAAGUGGUGAGUACCGACUACCCCGAUCCAGAACUUAUCCAAAACAUCGAGUGGAACUUCGACAACUUGGCCAAGGAAGCAGAGGUGUCUCCCUACAGUGUCAAGGGCUACAUCUGGGGGAACGAUGUGGGAGACCUCAUCAGUAGCACCGAAGACGAAGACAACAAAUUCGAUUUGAUCAUAUUGUCGGACGUGGUUUUCAACCACACCGAGCAUGACAAGCUCUUGAAGACCUGCCGUGACACCUUGAAGAAGGACGGUAAGUGCUUGGUGGUGUUUUCCCCUCACAGACCAUGGCUCUUGGAAAAGGACCUUGAAUUCUUCACUAGGUGCGAAGAGCACGAGUUCAAGGCGGAAAAGAUCGACUUGGUGGUGUGGAAACCCAUGUUCGAAGAAGACGAAGAAACCGCCGAGAUCAGAGCAAGGGUGUACUCGUACUUCUUGAACCCACAGUGGUAAAUCGGGGGUAGAGAGGUGACAUAGGAUGCCGAGAGUAGCACAGCAAGGGUUCUGCCAAGACAGACUGUUGCAGAAGGGUAAGUAUAGAUAUAGGAAUAAGCACCAAUUACGUAAUACAUGACUAAGCAA